ACAGGGGAAAGAAGAAACUGUAUUAACCUCUAUUCUUAAGUUAUAUUCGAAGGGGAAAAAAAUAAAAAAUAAAAAUGGGUGUUUUAAUUCGCCCUUUACUUCUUCCAUUUGUUCUUUUCUGUAUGUUUCAAACGCCUGCCCUUGCCGUUAAAAAGUCUUAUAUAGUGUACAUGGGAGGACAUUCAACUGUCCUGGAGUCUUCGUUUGCUGACGUUAAAGCUAUAACGAAUUCUCAUUACGAGCUUCUUGGAUCACUAUUAGGAAGCCCUCAGAAGGCUCAGGAUGCAAUGUUUUACUCGUACCAAAGAUAUAUUAAUGGAUUUGCAGCAAACCUCGAGGAGGAAGAAGCAGCAGAGAUUGCAAAGGAUCCAAAUGUAGUAUCAGUUUUAUUAAACCAAGGAAGAAAACUGCACACAACAAGGUCAUGGGAUUUUAUGGGACUUGAGAGAAAUGGAGCAAUUCCAGCCGAUUCAGCAUGGAACAUUGCCAAGUUCGGGGAAAAUACAAUAAUUGGAAACUUCGACACCGGUGUUUGGCCGGAAUCGGAAAGCUUCAACGAUGAAGGGAUGGGUCCCAUCCCGUCGAAGUGGCGCGGCGUCUGUCAAAGUGAAAACAAUGAUGGAGUUCGUUGCAACAGGAAGCUGAUCGGCGUAAGGUACUUCAACAAAGGUUAUGCUGCAUAUGCAGCCAAUCGCAAUAUUCAACUGAACGCCUCCACCUUCACAGCUCGAGACCACAGCGGACAUGGAACCCAUACCUUAUCUACGGCAGGCGGUAGCUUUGUACCGGGAGCUAAUGUCUUAGGAUAUGGUAAUGGCACCGCCAAGGGUGGAUCGCCCAAGGCCCGUGUGGCUGCCUACAAGGUCUGCUGGCCACCGGUCGAUGGCGGUGAGUGUUUUGACGCGGAUAUCAUGGCUGCCAUUGAUGCUGCAAUAGCCGAUGGCGUUGAUGUGAUGUCAUUAUCUCUGGGUAGCGGCCCUCAGGAAUUUUUUGGAGAUGGGAUAGCAUUAGCCUCCUUCCAUGCUAUUAAAAAUGGCAUCACUGUGGUUACCUCCGCUGGCAACGAUGGGCCUGGUCCUGGGACUGUUACAAAUAUCGCGCCAUGGAUGCUCACGGUUGGAGCUAGUACCAUGGACCGAGAUUUCACUAGUUAUGUUUCUCUUGGCAACAAGAUGCAUAUCAAGGGAUCAAGCCUUUCUGUUACAGCCCUGCCGUCUGAUAAAUUAUUUCCAUUGACCAGUGCUGCAGAUGCUAAAGCUGCUAAUGCAUCCGCUGAUGAUGCUCUACUGUGUCAGGCUGGAGCUCUUGAUCCCACGAAGGUGAAAGGCAAGAUUUUGGUGUGUAUUCGAGUGAAUGCAAGAGUUGACAAGGGGUAUCAGGCUUAUUUAGCAGGUGCUGUGGGUAUGAUAUUGGCUAAUAAUGUGAGCGAUGGGAAUGGAAUUCUAGCAGAUGCUCAUUUGCUCCCUGCUUCACAUAUUAGUUACACUGACGGCCAACAUGUCUUGGCUUACAUUCGCAGUACCAAGAACCCAGUAGCUUCCAUAACUCCUGUAAUGACACAACUAGACACAAAGCCAGCUCCAAUAAUGGCUUCAUUCUCAUCAGUGGGACCCAAUCUCGUUGAACCAGCAAUCCUCAAGCCUGAUAUAACUGCACCUGGGGUGAGUGUAAUGGCUGCCUACAGCGAAGCAGUAAGCCCAACCGAUAUAGAAUUUGAUAAACGCCGUGUUCCUUUCAAUUCGGUCUCUGGCACUUCCAUGUCCUGCCCUCAUGUUUCUGGCAUUGUUGGCCUCAUUAAAUCGGUCCAUCCUAGCUGGAGUCCAGCAGCUAUCAAAUCGGCAAUCAUGACCACCGCAAAAACCCGUGAUAACAACAUGCAGCCAAUUCGGGACUCGUCCAAUCUGAAAGCCACGCCACUGGAUUAUGGUGCAGGACAUGUGCAACCAAACCGUGCAAUGGACCCGGGACUGGUUUAUGAUCUCACUGUGGAUGACUACUUCAACUUUUUAUGUGCUCGGGGCUAUAACAAGACCUUGAUGCGAUUAUUUUCGGAUAAGCCAUAUGAAUGUCCCAAGUCUUUCCGCCUGGAAAAUUUCAAUUACCCUUCGAUCACUGUUCCUAAUCUCAUUGCAAACCCCGUGACUGUUACGAGAACAGUAACCAAUGUUGGUUCUGCGAACGGUGGUGCGUACAAGGUUAGUGUGAAGGAACCGGCAGGGGUUAUGGUGUCAGUUGAACCUACUUCACUGGAUUUUAAAUCAAUCGGUGAAAAGAAGAGCUUCAAGGCUACUUUCAAACUCAAGACCUCAUCUAAGAUUGAAGAUUUUGUAUUUGGACAGUUGGUGUGGUCAGAUGGCAAACACGUCGUCAGGAGUCCUAUUGCAGUCAGCUCCACUGGCGAUCAAAUAAAGAUUAGCUAGGCCGUCAUGAAUUUAAUUUAUUAAAUUAUUUGCUACCUCUUCAUCAAAAUUAAAUUAUUUAUAAGUACUUAGCUAUGCAUGCAAUAUGCAUGCAUUGUUUCUGAAUAACAAAUGAAAUAGGCGUCUU